AUGCAAAAAUUGCAUGAGUUAGCACAGAGCCAACUUUUUGAACUUCGUGCUCAAUCAGAUGAAGAAAAAGCAACGAAGCAAUCUGAACUAGGUCUACUGAUGGAUGAAGUGGAGCGUGCUCAAACGCGUCUCCUUACACUUGAAAGGGAAAAGGGACAUCUACGGUCUCAGCUGCAAACAGCUAAUGAAGAUACUGAAAACAAGAAUAGUGAUAAUGUGGAUUCAAAUAGUAUGCUGGAGAACUCUUUAACUGCAAAAGAGAAGAUUAUAUCAGAGCUUAAUAUGGAGAUUCACAAUGUUGAGACUGCUUUAGCUAAUGAGCGAGAAGACCAUGUUACCGAGAUAAAGAAAUUGAAUUCGUUGCUCAAUAAAAAGGAUACUAUCAUUGAAGAGAUGAAGAAAGAGCUUCAAGAAAGACCAUCAGCAAAAUUAGUUGAUGAUCUGCGCAAGAAAGUGAAAUUCUGCAGUGAACCUGCACAAGUUCAACUUUCUGAGAAAACCUCUUUGCUUGAGAAGGCUGAAGCCAAGGGAGAAGAACUAACAGCUACGGUUAAUGAACAGCAAAGGCUGAUUCAAAAGUUGGAGGAUGAUAUCUUGAAGGUAUGUUACAGUUCGAAAGAGCGAAAAGGUGCUCUAUUUAAUGAGUGGGAGUUCUCAGAAGCUGGUGGGGCUGAGCAGUCUGAGGCUCCUAUGGAUCAGAAACAUGCUCCAACAGAUCAAGAUCAAAGCUCAAUGUUGAAAGUUAUCUGUAGCCAAAGAGACCGGUUCCGAGCACGGUUGCGGGAAACAGAGGAGGAAAUAAGGCGAUUAAAAGAGAAGAUAGGGUGUCUCACAGACGAAUUGGAGAAGACCAAAGCAGACAACGUCAAACUCUAUGGCAAAAUCCGUUACGUCCAAGACUAUAACCAUGAUAAAGUUGUUUCUCGAGGUUCAAAGAAGUAUGUGGAAGAUCUGGAAAGUGGAUUUAGCUCGGAUGUGGAAUCUAAAUACAAGAAAAUAUACGAGGAUGAUAUCAACCCAUUUGCAGCAUUCUCGAAAAAGAGAUCGGAUUACACUAAGCAGUGGCCGCUUCCUUCUAGGAAACAAGGAAGCAUCUCGUAUGCGAGGACAUUUGCUUUCUUCUACACAAUAGGAUUGCAUGUACUUGUCUUCACUUGUCUCUACCGUAUGUCUGCUCUCAGCUAUCUCAGCCAUGGAGCUGAGGAGACUCCGGUGACAGAAACAACUACAAACCUCCCCCGCGGUUUUUAA